UCUCAGAUGAUCUCAACUCGCUCUCGCUGACAGGUUCUCCGCGAUCUCGAGGCUCUGUGUGACGGCGUCAGACAACACCAAAGCCCCAUGUCUGGUCCUCUUUUUUUUCCCAAAACAUCUCUCAUCAUUUUCAAUGAUUUGAAGACGUCAGAAGCAAGCUGAGAGACAACAGGAGGGCUGGAGCAUCCUGAAUCUUUUAAGAGGACACCAGGAACAUCUACGCUUGCCUCUUGAUAACUGUUCAAAUUGGGAGCAAUGGAGUCUAGACAGACAGAACAUCUGAUGGUUGCAUUCAUCCUGAUCAUCCUCCUCUCCACAGGUAUAGCUGUAACUCAGGAGGAAUUAAACUUUUGUGGCACGUGGCGGCAUGACGAUGGCUCCCUGACCCUCAACCUCAACCUCUCCACAGGCUGUGACAAGAUUUCAAUCUCAGCUGACAAAAACUCUCUGUCCAUCCACGGACAGAUCACCUCUGUGUGCAGCCAGUCCAAAGUAAUGCACCUCGAUCAGACUGGCUCAGAAGAAAGCUACUUCUGUCUGUACUGGGAGCCCUUGCAGGACCAUCUCAGGCUGCUGUUCGAGGGAAAAGACAUUCAUCUGUGCCAGCCUCAAGACCUACAGAGCUCUUGCUGCACAGAUCUAUCUAAUGGCCCCAAAGCAUCUGAGGCAACUUUUGGGAUCCUCAAUGGAUCAGUUAUGAAUGAUGUCAUCAGCGAAAAAACACAUGCAGCUUACACGUUCAACGGGACUCCCAUCGCCUGCAAAGCUUUACAAGGUGAAGUGAUAAACAAGAUGAACCAGGGAUCUGCCCGAGUCACUGUGACUAAGGAUGAGAAGAUGGGGAGCACGGUUGAGGUCGAGAUGGAGAAGGAUUUCAAAGGCUUCAACAUCACCCCUGAUAUCACAGGUUUAUCUGCAGAGACCAUGACUACUGUCCAGAUCCCUUCAGCUCUAAAAGAGGCCGCACAAAGUACCAAGAAAGUAGUCUGCACUUUCCAUGUAAACAACUCCAAGUUCCAAGAGGGAUCAGCAAAGGGCAGCAUUCUGAAAGUGGUAGAAAUCACUGUUGGGAAUGACGUCAUCAAAAACCUGCCUGACCCAAUAAAGAUUAGUUUUCACCAUGAAGAUAUACCUAAAACACAUUCAAGGAAAUGUGUUUCAUGGGACACAAAAGAAGGUUCAUCGAAGGUCAAUUGGGUGGUGGAUGGAUGUGAGACACACAAGAAUGGAACAGAUCACACAGAGUGCCUCUGUUCCCAUCUGACUUACUUCACUGUACUUGUGGAACUGGAGCCUCGCCCAGUGCGCCACCUCCUGGCUCUGACUGCAAUUACAUAUGUGGGCUGUGCUCUGUCUGUGAUCAGCUGCAUUGCUAUCAUCAUUUUCCUCUGCAGGAAGAAUAAGCGGUCUAAGGAGCUGUCCGUACCAAUCCACCUUGGUUUGGCUAUCUCUCUCGCCCUCCUCAACCUGCUCUUCUUCUUCACUGGGGUCCUGGCUAACGUUGAAUGGGAGUCUGUGUGCACCUGGGUGGGGGCAGGCCUCCACUAUGCCCUGCUCAGCUCCUUCAGUUGGAUGGGCAUAGAAAUUUUUCACACCUUCUGGUUGGUGUACGUGGUUUUCAGCCCCUCCCCGAAGCCGUUUGUCUGGAACCUGGUUGGCUUUGCUCUUCCUGCUGUUCCUGUUGGCAUCCUGAUUGCUGUUGGUGACAUUUAUGGGGUGCGAGAGGUGCAAAGUGUUGAAGACUCUGAUCCUUAUAGGAUGUGCUGGAUGAAAAGUAACCACCAGGCUUUACUCGCCCACUACUGCACCAAUAUUACAAUCCUGGUCAUCCUGGUGUCCUCGGGCUUUGGGAUGCUUUUCCUGGUCUUCAGGAAGAUCCGCGCCAGGGAUGAAUGGAGGCAGAACCGAGUGGCUUUCCUGAGCAUCUGGGGCCUUAGCUGCCUCUUUGGGACAAUGUGGGGUCUGACCUUUCUAGACUUCAGCAAGCUCUCUGUCCUCUCAGACUUAAUUCGCUUCCUCGCCUGCUUCUUCACCUCUUUUCAAGGAUUCCUGUUGAUGCUGCGGUUCUGCAUGCUGGACUGGAUAAGAAAACAGGCUGGUGGCUCUGCAUUAGGCAGCACCAGCAGUGGAUCUACCAGACAACACAUGCUUCAGGCCCAGGAGAAGAACUAGAUGGGACGACAGAACUGCAACAGUCGUGCUGUUGAAGUUAAAAUUCUUCUUCUUCUCUUCAGAGUAAAGGAUAAAAUGAGGGAAUGAUGCAACACUGACUAUCACAGUGUAGACUCACUGUUUUCUUCUGGAGCUGUUUGGACUCAACUCCCGCCCUGCAGAAUGAAGUGCUGGUAAUUCAGUGUUACUCUUAAUGUCAUGAUGAGGAUGAUACUUUGGUUGGUCAGCACUUUUUCAAGUAGACUGUGUGUCAGUGCUGAAUCAUCAAGGGAAGUUCACUUCAACAGAAAUCCUUUUCAGUACAAAUAAUGGUACAAUUUGUGUUUAUUAAUCUAACGAGUAACAAGAUUCUGUAUGCCUUUUUAAAAGCUACAGAUGGCUCUCUGAUAUAAAGUACAUGCCUUACGUGAAAUCAUGAAUGUUCUGCAGAAUGUGUUUUGUAUCAAUCCCUUCAACUUUUCAGUUAAAAGAAGCUUCAUAUACUUCUUAAGUAAUUCUUUAGAUCAGCAAAACAAAAUGAUACCUUCACUCAGGAACUCAUAACCAGGCCAGGAGCCUGUUUUAAUGUAUAUGUAUAUAAAAUACCUAGACUGGGUCUAGUUACUGAAGGAAGAGAAUUUAUUUGAGAUUUUACACUGUAAGCUGGGGGUACAGUUAGGCUUUACACCCAGAAAGGGAAACAGACAGAUUAAAUGGUUGCAGGUUACUUUGCUUUAGUGUCCAUUACUGUGUCUUUAUAUUAUUUUCAAUAAUUGAGCCUUUGAUAAGCUUUUAUUUGCCAUUUUGUACUGUGCAAGCAUUUGUUUUAGAGCUUUUGUCUUGUUAAGUAGCACUUUAGAUUUAUGAAUAUACUUAUAGAACCUCAGCAAUUUGUCUUUUUUGAUGUUAUUAUAUGCAUAUUAGAAGAAAUUUCAUGUACAGUUUGUGUUGUAAUAGAGGAAUGUUUGAAAAUGGAUAACUUCAGGUUAUCUCCAUAUUUUAUUCUUGACCAAAUUUAGAUAUUUGGUCAAAACAGUCAUAUAAUGAUUGGAUUUUAUUCCUCAAGAUGGACCAAAUACAUUUGAAUGCUGUAAGUUUAAACUGCUGUAUGUUUUGGUAGCAAGAUGUGGUCCAAUUUAAAAUAGAAACUCAGUGAAUAUGACAAUUUCUUUCAUCUCUAGCAGAAACCUUGAGUCCGUUUUUGGAUACUGUGAUAUUUGCACUCUUUUAUUUUCUAAAGAAACAUUCUAUGUCAGUCGUAUUAUUGUGUAUAAAUUUGCAUUUCUGUGUAUGUAUAUAAAGUAUAAAUAAAAAGUCCUUUUGUUUG